AUGGAUUUUGAGUGCAGUCAGCCUCUUCUUUCCAAGUGUAGCGACGACCAAUUCAUAAACGAAUGCUUUGAGUAUGAUGAUUCAUCAUCGGGUUACAGUUCAUCUGAUAUCUCCGAUGUCGAUUCUGUGACGUCAUAUGAAUCCAGCGAUAGUGCCGUCGAUGACAGCAGUGUUAACCUUUUUACGGCACGUGAUCCUAGAGAGGAGGUGAUGCACUUUCAAAGUACGCAUGUACUCUGCGAGACCAUGAAAGUGAUUCUAGAAAUGCCUGAUAUGUGUGACGUCACAUUUUUGGUUGGUGAACGCCAAGUCCCGGUUCAUGCGGUUAGAGCUAUUCUUGCAACCAGGAGCAGAAUAUUUUACGAUCUCAUCCUGAAGUACAUCUCACUGAAGGAUGCGGAAGAGAAGGUAAACUGUAAGAAAAUCAAGAACAGUAAAGACAAAUUAAAAGUCGGCAUCGCUCGGCAGUGUUCGGACAGACUCGUCAUCCCCGUAAGGAAGUACGACCCCGAGACAUUUCGUUCCCUGAUCCAGUUCGUCCACUGUGGGUCUAUCAGUAUCACAGAAGAAACCGUAGCAGGUCUAUUUUGUGGGGCUCAUCAGUUCAGACUACCGGACCUAUCCCAAGCCUGUCUGGAUUUCGUGGAGAGGUGCAUAUUACUCAGACGCACACAACAAAUCCUCAACUCGACUCGCUGCUACAAUCAUCACUCGGCAUCUAAGAAACUUUUUGAAAAGAUCUACGAAGUGCUUGAUAAACGACAUGAAAGUGGCCAUAAGCAGACCUCGGUUUGA